AUGGCGCCCGCCGGCACGCACCGCUCACCACGACCAGCCCGGAGCGGGAACGCGCCUCAUCCCUCCGCCUCCCCCAGCCCGAGCGGGGGAGACCGCGGGGGAGCGGAGGAGCCGCUGCCAACACUCACGCUAGCUCGGCUCCCACCGCCAUCUUGGCUGCACCAUCGCCUAGUGACGGGGGGGCGGGACGGAGCCACCGCCCCGCGGGGGAGAGGCGGACCCCGCUCUGUUACCGCCGCCCCUCGGCGCCCGCAGCCCGUACUGCCGCCCAUUCAUAGAGUCAUUAAGAUAGCUUACGAACGAGGCGUGGCUGCAAAUAUAUCAUUGAAAACACGCUGCUGUGAAAGUGAUAUACGGAAAGACAGCUCGUGUCUUAAGCUGUGGUGUGUAGGAAAUGUCUGUGUUUCUUCCAGCGUCAUUCCCAACUGCCAGUUCAGAUCCAAGACUGCACGCUUGAAAACCUUCACAGCAAAUCAACUAGAUGAAAUCAAAGACCCCUCCGGCCUUUUCUACAUUCUCCCUUUUCAGAAAGGUUAUUUGGUAAAUUGGGAUGUCCAGAGACAGGUUUGGGAUUAUCUUUUUGGAAAAGAAAUGUAUCAAGUGGAUUUUGUAGAUACCAAUAUCAUUAUCACUGAACCUUAUUUUAACUUCAGUUCAAUACAAGAAUCAAUGAAUGAAAUCCUAUUUGAAGAGUAUCAAUUUCAAGCAGUUCUUAGAGUGAAUGCUGGAGCUCUUAGUGCGCACAGGUAUUUCCGGGAUAAUCCAUCUGAGCUGUGUUGUAUCAUUGUGGACAGUGGGUAUUCUUUUACACAUAUUGUACCUUAUUGUAGAAGUAAAAAGAAGAAAGAAGCAAUUAUCAGGAUUAAUGUUGGAGGAAAACUGUUAACCAACCAUCUGAAGGAGAUAAUCUCUUACAGGCAGUUACACGUUAUGGAUGAAACGCAUGUAAUUAAUCAAGUAAAAGAAGAUGUGUGUUAUGUGUCUCAAGACUUUUAUAAGGACAUGGAGAUUGCUAAAUUAAAAGGAGAGGAAAAUACUGUAAUGGUAGAUUAUGUUUUGCCAGACUUCAGCACAAUCAAAAAAGGAUUCUGUAAGCCAAGGGAAGAGAUGGUGCUAAGUGGAAAAUACAAAACUGGUGAACAAAUACUUCGUCUAACAAAUGAAAGAUUUGCAGUUCCAGAAAUACUCUUCCAUCCUUCAGAUAUUGGUAUUCAAGAGAUGGGAAUUCCUGAAGCCAUUGUUGAUUCUAUUCAGAAUUUACCAGAAGAAAUGCAGCCUCACUUCUUCAAGAACAUUGUUCUGACUGGAGGAAACACGCUUUUUCCGGGCUUCAGAGAUCGAGUGUAUUCUGAAGUGCGAUGCCUUACUCCAACUGAUUAUGAUGUUUCUGUUGUUCUCCCUGAAAACCCUAUUACUUAUUCUUGGGAAGGUGAGCUCAUUUCUGAAAAUGAUGAUUUUGAAGACUUGGUAGUGACCAGAGAAGAUUACGAAGAACACGGACACAAUAUAUGUGAAGAGAAAUUUGAUAUUUAAGAAGCACAGUUGGUUAUAUUGUUAUUCCAUUGUUUUACUCAGAGUGGAGCUCUGAGCUGUUCUCUGUCAGUUAGGAUUGUGUUUUAGCUUUCCUAUACUUCAUUGGAUUGGGAGAAGUUCAUUUUCAGAAUAAAGUUUUACAAGCCUAAUUUUUA